AUGGAAUUAGAAAAAGUAUUUAAAAUCAAUUUGUUAUUAUUUUUAGAUUCAAUUAUAUCAUAAAUAAUUAUAAUUUUCAAAUACCUAUAACCAUGAUAAUUUUUAAGUAAGCGAAGGGGAAAAAGUUGUAACAGAAUGGUUGGCCUUAUUGUUUUGUGAUUACGCAAUAUCAAAAACUGGGAAAAUACAGUUUGCAAUGAAGAAGUUGUGUGGAUCACAUUUUCAUGUCCAAAUUGGAUUUAUAAAAAUAUUCUAAAAAAAUAAUUAUAAAUGUUAUUACAAUGGGCAUGGGUAUGAAAAAAUAAUUAUCAUAUUAGAACAUAUUUAAUAUUUUUAUGGUUGUAUUUUUUCUCAUCAUAAUUAAAAUCUAUUAGAUAAAAAUUAUCAUUUGAAUUUACAAAUAAUGAUAUAAUAUAAUAAUAAUGGAAGUAUGUAUUGAACAUAAAUACAUUGAAAUGGAGUAAAUAGAAUUGUCCAUAAUUAAGAUUUAUUGUAAAUAGAAUAUUUAUAAUUAAUAGAUGAACAUAUAUACAAAAUAUGAAUUAUAUCCAUGUGUGGGUGUUUUGCGUAAUUCUAAAAUAAAAAUAUUAAAUAAUAUACCAGUUUGA